AUGAAUUUACUGUCACACCACACACGCGAUCACCCACUACUGUCUCUCUUCGUAUUCUUCGUCGCCUGGAAGUCAUUGAUUGUCCUCGUCACACUGUUCAGCCCGGGCGUCGGAUAUGACACCUCUACCAGCUUGCUCUCCUGGGGAGAAGACGCGCACCGUGUCGUGUCAAACACCCCAGACGCGAUGCAGAAUCGUUGGAUGAAAUUUGUCAGAUGGGAUGCCGUGUACUUCACACACUUGGCGGAGAAAGGGCAUGUGUAUGAGCAAGAAUGGGCGUUCGGGAUCGGCCUGUCAACCGCUAUAUCCUGGCUUGCACAGCUUGAUCUCUUUCCAGAUCUUUCAGAAUGGGGGAUAUCCACCAAGACUCCCUUGACUUUGGUAGCUGGCGCACUUCUCUCACAUGCAGCCCACUGGCUGUCUGUUGUUCAACUCUGGGCUCUCACCACAAAUCUCCUCGGCACGGACAAGAACUCGCACUCCGCGCUGCCAUUUUACGCUGCAGCACUCCACGUCUUCUCACCAGCGGGGAUAUUUCUCUCUGCUCCAUACUGCGAGAGCGCAUUUGCCUUUCUUUCAAUGUCUGGUUUUCUCGGCUUCGUAAACGCAGUCCAUCACUUUCAUCAGGCCCGGGCCUUCGCGGGCUGUACGACGAUGAUCAGCGCUGCUCUGUCUUUCAGCAUCGCAACUCUGAUCAGGAGCAACGGUAUAUUGGCUGGAAUACCGUAUCUUGUCGAUGCCGUUACGACUUCACUCGCCAUUCUGUUUCAAGGUCUCUCGUUGACUCGCCUCUGCCGGCUCAUGUCGGUCGUGGCGGGCGGAAUAUUGGUGGGAGUGGGAUUACUACACCCACAAGUUCUUGCGUAUAAAGAAUACUGUGUAGGCCGAAGUCCUGCGGAGAGGAGAUCAUGGUGUGAAGCUACCAUUCCCUCAAUCUUCUCCUUUGUCCAGUCUCACUAUUGGAAUGUAGGGCCAUUUCGCUACUGGACGGUGUCUAAUAUACCCCUGUUUCUUCUCGCUGCACCAACACUCUGGCUCUUGAUAUACUCGGCCAUGGAUGUUCUCCGAAAUCCUCAAACUAUCCUGGCAAGUUCGACAACCACCUCUUCUGCAUCUGUGACCACCCAUGGGAGAUUGGUGGCGAUGAGUUUGGCCCUUCCGCAACUCGUGCUCGCCGUCCUCGCUUUAACGAGCUAUCACGUACAGAUUAUCACGAGGCUGUGUUCCGGAUAUCCGCUGUGGUAUAUUUGGCUGGCGACGAAAGCUCAGAACCACGCACAAUGCACAUCAAGUGUCAUUCGAUGGAUGGUGAUCUACGCUCUGGUCCAGGCUGGACUGUAUGCUUUAUCACCAUUGUCAUCUCAAGAGGAAUUCAAAACGCGACAACGAAGUCAACUCCACCAAAGGAAAGCAUCUCCUUAUGGUGUGAUGGGCUUAACAAACACCGCCUUGACAUCCUUCAUCCAGCCACUCCAAAUCAUGGAAAAUCAUAAACAGCACAUGGAAGAGGUGAUGAACGGCAGUCAUGGCAAGCCUGGUCUGGAAAUCUCACGAGCCACCUCGCCCGCUGGCACGAUCGCCAUGGACAACGGCCAAACGACGGACGCUGAAAAUCAGGUCAAGCGCAACAGACCUCGAACAUACCCAUACUUCACCACUCUGCCGUACCCCGUGGAAGAUGAAGCACAGAGACAGAAGAACUUGGCCGAGAUCCUGAAGCAUCUCUACAUUGCCAUACAAGCCAGUGAUUUCACUCCGGGUGCGGUGCAUUGGACCAGGGAACUGCGCAGUUGGCUCUCAUUGAAAUUCGACCCGACCAAGGAGCAACGCGUGAAGCUGGUGAAAUUGUACUAUGAACUCUCUCUCGCUCCUGGAAUUGACCCAGGGGUGGGCGAGCGUUUUGCUAGCAUGUUUAUGCUUCUCACCAAGCGAAAGCAUUACUUGCGACCUCUCAAGGACCUGACACUUGACUGGCGACCUCUUUUCCGAGAACUGAAAGUUUUUGUCCUGCCAAGCGAAUCCGGGCUCAUGCAGACGACCAAUCUCAAGAGAAACAUCAAGACAUUGACCAAGAUCACUUCUUUCGCACAAUUAUACUUCGACCCAGAAGAUGUCCCAGCCAUGCUGGAGGAAUUGCUACCCCAUUUCACAAUGUCUUCGGCCGAAGGAGCCUUUGUGGUGAUUGGAUUGCUCAAUAUGCUUCUGCCCACGGCACCUCCACCACCGAAUCGAUCCGACCUGGCGCCUCAGCAAUUCCUGCCGACAUUCUUCCAUUUGUGGUCUUUGGUCAAUCGCUCUCGGACAGCGGAUGUGGCUUUUCUUGAUCUCUUUUCUCGCGUUGCUCGAGACUUACUCCCUUGUGGACAUGUGGACUUUUCCGAGUUUGGUAUCUUCACCUCUGAACAGUCUACUCUGAUCACGACCGCGGUGUUGAGGUUACUGGAAAUCCCCGUCGGUCAGUCGACCUCGCCGUACAGCGCCCUUGUCGACUUGUCGGCCGGGAUGGGGAUCUUGUUGGAUCGUGAUUCGAGAAAACACCCGGUGUCACACCACAUCGCCCGCUGGUUCGUCAUGUCCAUGUCGCCGGCCUGUCUGAAGAAAAAGACAUCGGUGUUAUCCCUCCUCGAGACCUUGAUCCAGGCCAUUGAGACAUUCUUCCAUCCCUCCAACUCUGGCUCCUGGACCCGGACUUUGGCGCAAUUGGUGUUUUAUCUCGCGGAUUUCUUCGUCAUGCGGUGGAACAGAGAACAUAACGGCGAGAUGGACGUGCCCGAGGACCGAAGGCUCGAUGAGGCACUCCGGAAACGCUUUGUUCUAUGCCUACGCGAAGUUAUCUUCAUGGGCAUCUACGCCAAGAGCGGGACGGCCAUGAGCUAUUCAUUGUCGACUCUGCAGGCCCUGGCGUUCUUGGAACCAGACUUGAUCUUACCUGGGGCAUUACAACGCAUCUAUCCGUCCAUGCAAGGACUGGUCGAAGUUCAUCGCACCAUUUCGUCGUUGCGAUCUCUCCAGGCUCUAGCGAGAACGAUGGUCAGAACAAAAGGGUACCGUUGCCACAUCACGGCCCUCCUCGGUCUCGCUCUUCCCGGAAUCGACGCCAAUGAUCUCGAAAAGACACUCUACACCCUGUCGUUCUUCGCCAAUGUCUGCUACAAUAUUCCGUUCCAGGAUCUGUCCCAAGGCCGAGAAGACAUUCAAGGAAAUGUGUUGGCCAUGGAAUGGAUCACCGGCGAGAUGGAGCGCAUGGAACAAGAAGGUGUCGGCGUGGAACUCGACUAUGCAUCUUUGAACGAGAAAGACGAGGAAAUGAUUCUCGCUUCGUCUACCGCUGGUUUCGGCGAAUUCGUCACCUCCUUCCUGGGUCGUGUUUUCACCCUUCUGGAGAACCUGCCCGACGCGGCACGGAUCCGAAGCGGAUCUCCGGAGGAGAACAUUGUCAACACUCUACCCGCCGCAUUUAUGCCGUUGUUGGCCUCUCUCUCGCCCGAACUGUUCGAUUUGGCCCUGAACAAAAUUGUGGAUUUUGUCGCCAAUCACGUCAUACAUCAGUCACGAGAUGCGAUGGCGUUUAUCUGCAACUGCCUGUGCAAGGUUGACCCGGAGAAGGCCCUGGCCAAAUUCGUGCCCGUAUUGAUCGGUGCCAUCCGCACCGAAAUUGACGAGAACGGUGCCGGCUCGACGAGAAAUGCUGCCUCGGACGUCCUUCCGCGAGACAGGGGCCUGGUGUGGAAUAUCAGCAUGCUCAGCAUGUGCGUGGUCCACGUGGGCUCUGCGGUGCUGAAAUACAAGCAAGAGUUGUUCGACAUCGCGGUCUACAUGCAGCAGAAGUGCAAAGGUAUGCCUACCGUGCACGUCUCGAACUACGUGCAUCACCUCCUUCUGAACCUCACUGUCACGUACACGGCAGAUUACGCGCUCUACGAGCCAGAGAAGCUCGAGAAUGGUGUCUCCGCAGAACUAUGGGGGAUGGCCGAGCCGCCGGCGACUAUCAGGCCGAAGUGGCAUGUGCCUUGCAAAGAAGAAAUUGAUUUCGCCGUGGAACUGUUCCAAAAUCAAGCAGAGGGUGCCCUGCAACACCUCCAACGUCUGAUCAAUGGUACCUCGAGCAUUAAACGGGAUGGAAGCGGCAAGGAAUGGUCAGAUGAAGUCUCGAGAAACCUGGUCCUGUUACGCCUCUUGCUUGCUGGAGUGUCUGUCCUCUUUGAUUCCAACGGGGUCAACGAGGGGUUGACGACGACUGCGGCCGGCCUCGAUGCGGACGUCUCCAUGUCUCAGGCCAAUGGCCACGCUCCCGAAGAGGGUAGUGACGCCGUUGACACGGAUGCAUCUCUUGACGGCACAGACGAGACGUCCAUUAAGCCGUCGUUCCAGUAUCCUUGUGGUCAGCUCCUCCACCCGGGUGAUGAGAAUUACCGACGUCUUCAUCAACUUCGACAAGACGUCGGUCGUGUUCUUCAUGAUGUUCACGAUUUCCUCACUCGAGAAGGGGAAGACGACGUUUCUUCUUUCGCUCCACUCUACACGGCCUAUCGAUCAUGGUUCGUGGACGUCGGCAUUGAACGGUCGGCCCAUGUUUUGGACAGAGUGACACGCCUGUUGCACGCGGACGAGCAGCCGUACAAGGUGAGCGGGGUGAGAAAAGAUUAUCCUCGCUCCAUCCUCGUUCGCCGGGCCAAUGUCUAUCACACCCAGAGACUUCGACACAAUGCCGCCCCCCGGCCGCGAUCCGAACUGGAUGAGCGGCUCCUCUUGGAUCUCGCCGAGUCAGCUGUUUCUUUGUACACCGAAGUUCGACGCAAUGCUCAAAGUGCGGGGGAGUCGGCGCUCAAGGUGGUGUUUGGAGCCCGCCUCUUUGUCAUCCCACCCCUUUUGGCGGCGUUUCAAAAGGCAGUGGAACGAAAUGACUUUCCUCGAAUCAAGGGUGGUCUCUUCGCGCUCUUAUUUGGUAGUCUCGCCAAGACCGUCGGCAGGCAUUGGAAGUACACUCCGGCUGUGAUCAAGACUUUCAUCGAGGCCAGUACGGCCGACAAACCGUCCAUCCAGAAACUUUGCAGUGGCGGGCUGUUUCAAGUCAUGGACUACGGUCGGCCGGGAGACCGAAUGGCGAUCAUCGAUCGGGCCGUGGUCGACCCGUUCCACCCCGACGACGACGUCGAGGAUAAGAUCUCCAAGAAAAAGGCAUUCAUCCUGAGUAAGCGAGCCAACAUCGAAAAGAAGAAGGCCGAGUUGGCCGAAGAGCUCAUCGAGCUGGGCCGAGUCUCACAUUGGAAGAAGGCGACUCGGGUUGCGACCAUUGUCAUGUCCCUCGGUAUGCGUUUUGACCAUAUCGCUUCGGACAACAUGAUCGACUUGAUCACGCGUGGCACGGUCGACCCUCAUCCUGGCUUGCGAGGGCUUUAUUCACAAGGAUUGGUGGCACUCUUCACCAUGACAGAUGUACGAGCGGUCUGCAAUCAUGACUAUGCCAAUUACAUUCAAGCUCUCCAGGAUUUCCCGGCCAAGGUGGAGGUUGAGACGCACGCUGAUGACCCAUCCUGGACCGACACCUAUCUGAAAGCCUUUUCUCAGCCUGAAGCCGACGUUUACAUCGACCAUGACUAUCCCGGCUGGCUGGUGUGGUCGAAAAACAUCCCGGGUUAUAAAGCCAAUGUCCAGAGUGACAUCAAAUACGACGAGGUGGAGUGGAAGAAACGAGCCGCCAUCGGCAAACUCCUGGAUCGAGAAUGGUUCGUCACGUUCUUUAAGUACCUCAAACAGGAACCUCGAGAUCAGUCGGCCGAUAAGUUCCGCAUGGCGAGUGCGGCGAUGCUCACAUACGCAUUCGAACUCGUCAUUCGUGACGGUCUUGCCGUCGCCACGUUUGACGACAUCAAAGAAGAAACGCUCAGUGUCUUUGAAGACGGGAGCGACAAGCACCAACAUCGUGCCACGGCGGAGAUUCUCGCCGGUUUGGUGACGUCGGUCACGGAUAAUUCGAUCGAACGGCGGACGAUGGUGUGGGAGUUCGCUUUUCCCAUCGUCCAACGUGUCUUCUCCGAUGGAUUGACGCCGGAGAAUUCGGGAUAUUGGACAACCUUCCUCCACAUGAUCCUCCAAGCCAGAGAUCCACGCCGAGCCUGGCCUCUGGUGGAGUGGCUGACCAACUUCCGCUUGGAUAUGGAAUCCAAUGCGGCUUUCAAAGAGAGCUCGAAAAUCCAUCUGCUCCACCAAGUCAUCAUGGACGCGGGCUGGCAUUUCCAGCUCGACAAGCCCAUCACCGAGGACUUUUUGAGCCACAUCGAUCAUCCGUACAAAGGCGUUCGUGAGGCCAUGGCCCAUACGCUCGCGACCAUCACGCGUACCCGGUAUCAUGAAUCGUUCAAAGACGUCAAUGAACUGAUCGGAGCACAGAAGUCCGCCGGCUCGAUUGGCAAGCAGCCGUAUCUUCCGACCCAGGAAUUUGACGAGACCAUGUACGAGGUUUUCCGACGGCUGGAAAAGUGGAGACACGAACGCGUCCCUGGCCAACAGACCCCGUCGCCGUACACAUCUGGAAGCAAGACAAUCCUUUUGUGGCUGGACUCGAUGCUCUCGUCGUACGAAUGUACGCAGCUCCUCAAGUAUUUCCCCGACCCCUUCACCGAGCAGUUCUUGCACAUGAUGGACGUCAAGGAGGAUCCUGAAUUGCAGUCACUGGCGUAUCAUGUAUUCCGACAUUUGCCGAACAUUCCACAUCGCAUUGGAGAGGACCAGAGAUUGAUUGAUUCGUUGAUCCGCAUUGGAAGGACAUCUCCUUCGUGGCACCAACGUCUUCGGGUUAUGAUCAAUAUGCAAAUCGUCUUUUUCAGGCGUCUUUUCUUGUUGUCCGAAGAGAGCAAACAGACGCUUUUCGACUGUGUCGCCGAGAUGCUGGAGGACACACAGCAUGAGGUUCGUGCUGGCGCGGCGACUACCUUGUCUGGAAUGAUUCGUUGCUCGUCUCUCGAGCUGCGUGAGAGAAUGAUCACUCAGCUCCGGGACCGAUUCACGAAGAUGCUCAUCGACAAUCCCCUUCCAAAGAAACCCAAGGGCCAGUUGGCCGGCGUGGCAGGAUUGUCCUCGGCACGAACGUCGGGUAGCAAUACGCCGACCCCUGAAGCUCAACGGCUGGUCGUUGUGCGCCAUGCGGCAGUUCUCGGUCUGGGGGCUUUGAUUCAAGCGUUCCCCUAUUCCAGUCCACCGCCCGCUUGGAUGCCCGAUGUUCUCGUGACCUUGAGCAGUAAAGCCGCGAACGAUCCGGCCACCGUGGGCAACAGUGUCAAGAGCAUCAUCAGUGAUUUCAAAAAGACCCGGCAGGAUACUUGGCAUAUUGAUGUGAAAGCAUUCAAACCAGAACAAAUCGAAGAUCUCUCCGGUGUCUUGUGGAAGAGCUACUUCGCUUAG